UUGAUUGUGUAUAUGUUUUUGGUGAACUUUCGCUUUUUUUUUCCCAUUACUUGCACUGAUCACGGUGUGUCUUCUUUGGUUCUCCUUCGUGUGUAUACACAUCAUUUUUGUUAUUUUUUUUCGUUUUUGUGGCCGAUUUUAGCUGAUGUUUUUUUUGAUGCUCUCGAGUUGCGUAUUCGAUCAAUUUUUUUUUCGGACCAAUGUUCUGGUUCUUAUAUUUUUAAUAGAAAAAUUCUUCUAAAGUAAUUUUUUUGGCAUUUUUUUGAUCAUCUGUUGUUUUUGGAUCAUCAUUCGAAUUUUGGCCAUCAUCAUAUUAUAUAUUUUGAAUCAAGUUUGAUUAUAUAUUGAACAUUUAUUUUCAAUUCGCGAUAAAUUUCCGAAUUGUAACCCUAAAAACUGUGGCUAAUGCACGUGGGUUUUUGAAUUCUCUCAAACACCAUUAUAAUAUGGUACAAUCGACUAUUGGACUCGAUUGCGACGAUUCUCACAAUUUUUCGAUUUGAUCAUGUCCACAUUCCAUGUUGUUUUUGUUUCGAAUCAAUAAUAACAACAAAACAUUAUUAUAUUUUUUUUAUAUCAACAUUUUUUUAUUUUUAUUUGAAAAACAAAUUCGUAUGCCAAAUUGGUCAAGACAAAAAAUAUAACAAGAAUAAAUGAAGAAUUUGAUUCUUUGUAAUGCGCAAGAUAUCACAUCAUCGCCAUCAACAACAUCAACAUUGGUACCAUCAUUAACAACGAUAGCUGCACCAACGGUAACCGGUACAAUAGCAACAAUAACAACAAACGGAACAUCCAAUCUGAAUUUAAUCAGUAUAAACGAUAAUAAUAAUAAUCCAACAAUUAUAACGACACCAACCAUAACGGUUGCAGCACCAACAACAGUGGCGGCCAAUACUGUACCAACAAUAUUAUCUAAACAACCAUUAGGUACAAAGAAAAGAAGACUAAUGAAGAAUAAACAGCAGCAACAACAACAACAACAGCAGCAGCAACAACAACUACAACAAGAAACAUUAAAUCAUUCGGAUGGUGGUGGUACCGGUGUUAAUACAUCCGGUGACAUUGAUGAUCUCAGUGAUGGUUCUUCAUCAGUUGAAAGUGACAAUUUUGAUGAUAGUGAUCUAUUAUCUAGUACAGCACAUGAUGAAGUAACAGCCCAAUUGGCAGCUGCUGGUCCGGUUGGUAUAGCUGCAGCUGCUGCAAUUGCAACAGCAAAAAAACGUAAACGACCACAUACAUUCGAAACGAAUCCUUCCAUCAGAAAAAGGCAACAGACUAGAUUAUUGAGAAAAUUAAAACAAACAAUUGAUGAAUAUACAACCCGUGUUGGUCAACAAGCAGUCGUUUUAAUAGUCACACCUGGAAAACCUCAAAAUAAUUUCAAAUGUUUCGGUGCACGUCCAUUGGAAAGUGUGAUUCGGCAAUGUCGUUCGAUGGUAAUGCAAGAAUUAGAGACAGCAUUAGCUCAACAUGCACCACCACAAGUCAAAGAAGAUCCAUCAUUACAUGAAUUGCCUCCUCUAGUCGUUGAUGGUAUUCCCACUCCAGUAGAAAAAAUGACUCAAGCCCAAUUGAGAGCUUUCAUACCUUUGAUGUUGAAAUAUUCCACGGGCCGAGGUAAACCUGGUUGGGGAAAAGAUUCUACGCGGCCACCUUGGUGGCCACAAGAUCUCCCUUGGGCUAAUGUUCGUUCAGAUGCCAGGAAUGAUGAGGAAAAACAAAAAGUUUCAUGGACACACGCUCUAAGACAAAUUGUCAUUAAUUGUUACAAAUAUCAUGGCCGUGAAGAUCUAUUGCCAGCAUUCAGUGAAGAUGAUGAAAAGAAUUCAGCUGCCGGACCUAGUUCACAAAAUAAAGAGAAGGUGAAGACUCGUAAUACAACAACAUCAACGGUGACCACAACAUCGACACAACAGCAUCAUAGUAGCAUAAAUAUGGCUAAUAUCGCAACUGCUAAUACAAACAUCACAACAGUACCGAUCACUGCAGAUUCAGCCAGUUUAGCUUCACAGGGCAUAAACACAAUAUAUGCACAGCCAAUCGCAACCCAUUACACACCAGUGGUUCAAACGAUAAAUAAUCCAGAUGGAACUGUUUCUAUCAUACAAAUGGAUCCAUCUGCAGUAGUUGCCAUUUCCGAUGGUAAUGGUGGCGUUCGAACACUUGGUCCGCUUAGGUUUAAUACAACUGGAACGGAUGCCAAUCAAGGUGUGCAAGCAUUGGCUGAAAUUGCUACUGGCCAAGAUCAUGAACGUGUUACCCAAUUAGGUACUGUUGAAUUGGGUGGUGAAGGUGCCACACAAGCCGUAUCGUUGGCCGAAGCAACCAUUAGUCCAGAUGGUCAAAUUAUUUUAACUGGUGAAGAUGGCACACAAAGCACUUUUCCAAUGUCUGGAAUGGUGACGAUACCGGUAUCAAUGUAUCAAACAGUGGUAACCAAUCUAAAUCUACAAGGCGAUAACAGUAUACCAAUUGCAAUGUCAGCAAUAACUGGAACAAAUCAAUUAGAAGCUGGAAAUGAUGAAAAUGAUGAAGAUGUUAAAGCUGUUUUAAAUGGCCAAAAUGCAAUCCGUAUCACUACAGCGACUAAUGAAGAGAAUGGUUAAAUUGGAAAGAUAUAUCCUAAAAUAAUGAAAAAAUCGUUCAAAUUCAUCCAAUAUUCAAACAGAGAAGAAAAAACAUACAAAUAGGCAAACCUCUAAUUCAUCAUCAUCAUCAUCAUCCUAUAGCUUGAUAUAUAUUCA